AUGGUUUUGGCAGAUCUAGGAAGACGUAUUAAUUCAGCUUUAGCACAGAUUAAUAAAGAACCUGUAAUAGAUGCAAAGGUACUUGAUGCACUUUUAAAAGAAAUAUGUGCAGCGUUAUUGGGCUCUGAUGUUAAUGUGCGUUUAGUUAGUACACUUAGAAAUAAUGUUAAGAAUAUCGUUAACAUACAAGAUCUUGCAGCUGGCAUAAAUAAACGUAAACUUAUACAAAAGGUUGUUUUUGAUGAAUUAUGUAAACUUGUUGAACCGGGUGUUGAACCUUACAAACCUAAAAAGGGUGGAGUUAAUAUUAUAAUGUUUGUUGGUUUACAAGGUAGUGGUAAAACUACCACUUGUACCAAAUUGGCUUAUCAUUAUCAACGUAAAGGUUGGAAAGUGUGUUUAGUCUGUGCUGACACUUUUCGCGCUGGUGCUUUUGAUCAAUUAAAACAAAAUGCCACUAAAGCAAAGAUACCAUAUUAUGGAAGUUACACUGAGACGGAUCCAGUACAGAUAGCGCAUGAAGGAGUGGAGAAAUUUAAAAAAGAAGGAUUUGAAAUAAUUAUAGUUGAUACGUCGGGUAGACAUAAACAAGAAGUUGAAUUAUUUGAAGAAAUGAAACAAAUAUCGGCUGUAGUUAAUCCAAAUAAUACAAUAUUUGUAAUGGAUGGUACUAUUGGUCAGGCUGCCGAAUUACAAGCAAAGGCAUUUCAUGAAGCAGCUGAAAUUGGUUCAAUCAUUAUUACAAAGAUGGACGGUCAUGCAAAAGGUGGUGGCGCGAUAUCCGCUGUAGCUGCGACGCAUAGUCCAAUUAUAUUUAUUGGUACUGGUGAACAUAUACAUGACUUGGAAAGGUUUGAAUCAAGAAGGUUCAUACAAAAAAUGUUGGGUAUGGGUGAUAUAUCAGGUUUGAUGGAAACCGUGCAAGAUUUGAAAUUGGAUCAAAAUAAAACUUUAAUGAAAAAUUUAGAACAAGGUAUCUUUACCAUAAGAGAUAUGUAUGAACAAUUUCAAAACAUAUCACAAUUAGGUCCCUUAUCAAAAAUGAUGCAAAUGAUGCCAGGUAUGUCGGAAAUGAAUUUUGAAGGUUCUGAUGAAAUGGGAGCGCAGCGAAUAAAAAGAUUAAUGACUAUAAUGGAUAGUAUGAGCGAAGCUGAAUUAGAUAGUGAUGGUAAAAUAUUCCUUACCCAACCAAAAAAAAUUCAACGUAUAGCAUGUGGUAGUGGUACUAGCGUAAAAGAAGUUGAAGAACUUUUAUUACAGCAUAAAGCUUUUCAAGGUAUGGUUAAAAAAUUUGGUGGCAAUAAAGGUUUGUUUAAAAAUAUGGGCGCUGGUCCUGGUAUGGACAAUUCAAAAAUGUCCCCUCAACAAAUGCAACAAAAAAUGGCUCAAAUGCAAAGAAUGAUGCCUCGCGGCAUGCAAGGAAUGAAUAUUAAUAAUGUAAUGAGACAAAUGACAUAA